UCUGAAGGGGCUUCGCUGCGGUGCGGGCCACGCGUCGGUUCGGUGCGCGCUCCCCGUCCGUGGCAGGGGCUGUGCUGCCGCCAUGAAGCGGCCGUGCGAGGAAACUACCUCCGACAGCGACAUGGACGAGACCAUAGACGUGGGGAGCGAGAAUAACUACUCGGGGCAAAGUAGUGGUUCUGUGAUUCGAUCAAAUUCCCCAACAACAGCAUCUCAGAUUAUGGCCAGAAAAAAAAGAAGAGGGAUUAUAGAGAAAAGGCGCCGUGAUCGUAUAAAUAACAGUUUAUCUGAGUUGAGGCGGCUUGUGCCAACUGCUUUUGAAAAACAAGGAUCUGCAAAAUUAGAAAAAGCAGAAAUACUGCAAAUGACAGUGGAUCAUUUGAAGAUGCUCCAGGCAACAGGGGGUAAAGGUUAUUUUGAUGCUCACACACUGGCCAUGGAUUUCAUGAGCAUUGGAUUCCGAGAAUGUUUAACUGAAGUUGCAAGAUAUCUGAGCUCAGUGGAAGGUCUGGACACAUCUGAUCCGCUAAGAGUUAGACUUGUGUCUCAUCUCAGCUCUUGUGCGUCUCAAAGGGAAGCUGCUGCAAUGACCUCAUCCAUGGCUCAUCACCAUCAUCCCUUGCAUCCUCACCACUGGACAGCAGCAUUUCACCAUCUCCCUGCCGCUUUACUGCAGCAGAAUGGACUUCAUUCCUCUGACACCACUCCUUGUAGACUUUCAACAGCAUCAGAAGUACCUCCUCAUGGCUCUGCUCUUCUCACAGCCACCUUUGCCCAUGCUGACUCCGCACUCAGAGUGCCCUCUGCUGGCAGUGUUGCUCCCUGUGUCCCACCUCUUUCUACCUCUCUUCUCUCGCUCUCUGCCACUGUACACGCUGCUGCUGCAGCUGCUCAGAGUUUCCCUCUGUCUUUUGCUGGAGCAUUCCCCAUGCUUCCACCUAGUGCAGCGGCAGCAGUGGCAGCUGCAACAGCAAUCAGCCCACCAUUAUGUGUAUCAGCAGCUUCCAGUCCUCAGCAAACUAGUAGUGGUGGAAAUAGUAAACCCUACCGACCUUGGGGGACUGAAGUUGGAGCUUUUUAAGCCUCACACAAACACACAAGCCGUCUUUGGACUUCAUGCAGUGGUAACUCAGUGUCCUUCCUGUUCAGUCAGAUUGAAGGUCUGUAUCCACACAAAUAGCCUUAUAGAUGUCUGCAAGCCAAUCAAGGAGCAGUAAAGCUAUUCUAGGGUCAGACUUCAAAGAGGACAUAUGGCAGUAUUGGGUAUAUUUUUCUUUGUUUUGCUUAAGGCACAUUGAGCAACGGUGGCUUUCAGAAACAUCGUACCCCAGUGACCAUUUAGAAGUUCAUUGGGAAAUAGGUAGACUCUAGACCCAGUAAUCCUCCAGCCAUGCACCAUUAUUUGGCAGACAGAUGGGGGCUAGCACCUCUAAAUUUCUCCUGAGCUGGACAAAAAGUUUGAGUUUCAUAAGUGCCUGACAUGCAUAUGCGUUCUUCUGAAGCAAAUCAUACUGCGCAAGUAUGAGGGGAAAAAAAAAAAGAGAUUGGGGGGGAGCAGAAGGGGAGAGAAUCCUGCAUUAAGCUACAGACAUUUUGAUACAUUUCCAGGAAAGAAUGAACUCUAAACCAACAGGCUUAUUUAGCCAAAAGGAUUGCUGAGAAAGAAUGUUCAGCUUGACAGGCCUAGUUUUUAUCUUACCUAGUUGACUUUCUUUGUACAGACUUGCCAAAUGGUGACAUCUAGCAUAGCACUGGUAAAAGCAAUUAUCUUAUCAGCGCUUGGAUUGAUGAACAUUUUAGCACUGUCUGUGAGCCUUGAGGCACUUUGGUUUGGUUUUGUUUUUUAAAUGGCUUAGACUAUGGUGCUUGCUUGUCUCUGUACAAGCAAUGAAUUUAUAGUGCACACAGAAGUAGUUGCCUACUCAAAGCGUGCACACCUCAAGACAGUUGAUCCAUGCCAAUACAAGAGACUCAAUGUUGUAAAGAGUUCAGAUUAACUUAUUUAGUUGCAUUUGGACAUUUUAUUUUUAGCAGCCUCCUGAUUCUGUGCAAGAUCUGUCCUCUCUUCACUAUCAACUUCUGGAGGUAACGAUUUCUCUGGGUCUGAAUGAAGUUACUGAGGGGGUACUAUUUUAAAUUGGCUUUUUACGUGCCAACAUUGUAAAUGUGGGUUUGAUUCCAAACCAAAACGAAUGUACUAAAGGGCAUAUCAGUAAAUUAUUUUGUCAGUACCCAGACAACUAGUGCUGCAUUCAAAGUUCUGCUUUCUUUUUUUAUUACAAUGACUUAAAAUAACCCAAUAUUUUAGUACAUUGACUCAAGAACUAGAGAUUUUAUGAGAAAAUAAAACACAGCAUGUAUUAUGCACUUGAUUUCUCUGCUGUGUGGAGAAAGCAAUAAACAUGGAGAAUGUUAAACAUUAUGCAAAAUAUACUUUAAAAUAUUUGUUUUAAAAAUACUAUACCUAGUUGCUUUUUUGUGCAUUACUUUGUUAACCUUUUUCUAUGCAAAAGUCUUUACAUAUCACUAAUUAAACGAAGUCCUUUUUGACUGCGUUUUAUAGAUGAUUUGUUGCAAUUUUUUUUGCUUGCCUUUGGGAAGUGGAAAGCCUAAAUGGACUUGAAGUUCAGUGUCUACCUCUGAUAACAAGCAUCCAUAAGUUGCUGGUUUUGUUUUGACCUCUUUGCUUGUUCUAAAAGCACAUCUGCUACGUAGUGUGCUUGAAAUGGGAAUGGAAAAAUAAUCCUACCACUGAAACAGUGUUGUUUUCAGACUUGUAAACUGGCUCAGUGUCCGUUAAUAGUAAACCUUACAAUAUGAACCAGUCCUGUCCGUUUCUCCCACCCUACCCCCAGCAGCAACAAGAAACAGCUGUGGGUUGUACAUGUCUCUUUUGUUAAAACACUAAAGAUGUGGUAUUAUUUGGAAUGAGUGGCCAGGUACUAAGCCCAGAAGAUCCACAAACAUGUUAAUAGAGCUUGGUGUUUUUCACUACUUUCCAGUCUUCCAUUUUGCAGAUCCUCAUGGAUUAGUAAAGUAGCCACUGUCCUGAGUUUGCUGUACCUAGCAUUUAAUCUCAAAUCAAGAAGAUAACUUCUAUAGUACAUUUAAUCUCAUGUGCUGAAAGCACUUAACCAACAUUAAGCCACAAAAUCCCUGUGAAGUGGAGAAAGUAUUAUGAUGCCCACUUUACAGAUAGGAAGAUUGAGGCACAGAGACAUGACAUGCCCAAGGGCAAACAGCCUGAGGCAGUAUCAGAGUCUGAACUACAACUCCUCCACCUUGACUCACUGUGCCUGGCCCUUGGCCCAAGCAGUAAAAAACACUUCCAAUCUUAAAGAGAAUAAACUAGCCUAUUAUACAGAUUUUUUGUUUGCUGGGAUGGUAGAAUAUGAAAGAAUGAACAAAGGGUAGUUGAGACAUUUUAUCUCUGACAUGUAAUAGCAUACUGGAUGUUCUUUCAAGGUCUGCUGUUUGAGGAGGGAAUCAGAUUUUUCCUUAUGGAAACACAAGCUCUGCUCCAAGUAUUUUUUUUACCAAUGUUCAGUUCCAGUAGCUUGAAUUUUCCUCUAAAUUGAGUAAAUUUAUGCCAGUUUACAAGGAGGUGGAAGGCUGGAUCUUUUCUGCAUAGAACAGCACAGAUUGCAGCAUCUCACUCAUGUUUUUAAUGCAGAAACUACAGGCAAACCAUGCGGGACAUUAAGUAACCCUCAAGUCACAUGAGCAUGCUAGAAAUGAAAGCAACCAGUGGCUUCAUUUGCCCCUGCGGCUUCAUUUUGGUUCUCCACCACUACCAUUUUGUGCUCUCCAAAUCAUAGAUAAGAAUACAUGCUUCUGAAUCAGAAAUAUCUCCUUUUCUGUAUUUGAAGAAAUUGAGUUUUACAUUUUAGUUAUGAAUAUUUUAAAAUAAACUGAGCACAGGCAGCAUAUUUAUCUUAACUUCAGAAAUAAAACAGGUAUGGAUUUAUGAUCUUGUGUAGUGCCAAUUUCAGUGUGUUUCAAUCCUGGUUUUUUGAGCCAUGCAACAAAAAUGGUACAGGCAAUGGUAGUGCAAAGUGCUCAACUGUGCCAUGCCAGCACCACUGUGAAGUUCCCUUGGCCACCCCAUCCACAUACCCUGAGCUGUCUGCAAGAUUUGCAGCCGGUAUGCUUUCAAUCCGUGCCAAGGGCGCACCUAUACACGCUUAUGCGCCAUACUCUCAUUUCUUCAUCCUCAUGUCCCACCCUGAUACCAAACGGCGGGACCUAAUGGCACCCAUUGAGGGUGGAUAACCCCAGUGGGCCAGCCUGUAUUCAAUCUUAGUCCCACAGCCUGACGGCGAUAUCAGUUGGCAGCUCCUUCAUGGAACCGUGAGCACAGGUGUGUACUUGGUGCGGUUCACCCCUGUCCCUUCUGUGGCAUGAGGGAAACCUUGGCACAUGUUUAUCUGGAGUUCAGUAGGUUACAGCCCCUACUCCGGCUCCUCCUAGAUCUUUUAUUACAUUUUUGCUGCACUUUUUGCCCCAUCGUCUCAUUUACACCCAGCCUAUUCGUGGCCCCACAAAGUCAUGGGACCUCCUCCUGGCGAUGGCCAAAGUGACCAUCUAUAACACAAGGGAGAGGAUGUUAGCUGAGGGGGUUCUUUGUCACUGUGGGGCCUAUUUCCAGUCUGCCCUCCGUUCAUGCAUCUGGGCGGAGGUGCUCUGGGCAGUGUCCGCUGGCUCCCUUGACACCUUUGAGGAACAGUGGGUGUUGUCCAGGGUUUUCUGCUCAGUGUCCCCUUUAGGUUCUCUCAUUUUGACCCUUUGACCUUCACACUCACCUUUGUUUUCUUUUUUGUUGUCCCCUGUAAUCAGUUGAGUUCCCAGGCUCAGUGGAUCCUCCCCAAAAGCUGGGGGAGGGUCUUUAGCUGUGGGGGGGCUUAUGCCCACCCAUUUCUCCUGGAAUUUUCAAUAGGAACACUGUGAAAGCUGACAUGGAGGGACCAACUCUGGGGAUGAGACAUUAGCUCAGUCUUCAUGCCCAUGUAGUCUUUGGCCUCUCUGCUUAGAAUGCUGACAAGGGUGCCAUCAAUAGUGAUGUGAUGUGGACAUUUGCCCAGUGAGAACUUAACUGAAAUCAAUCAUUUUAUGUACACUGCUUAAUAGCCAGCAGAGAGUAAUAAUUUCCAGUGUCUGGUGACUUUCGUUCCGUUCAUACUAAUAAGUUAAAGAUCCAUAUAGCUAAGUUAAAGGGUCCAUAUAGCUAUUACAUUAAAAAAAAUACAGUAAAAGAAAGCUAUUUGGAUUUCAAAAUAAAGCACUCAAAAGUUAAAAAAUACCAUAUUUAUGAUUAUCUGUGCAACCCUAAUUCUGUCCUUUUGCCCAUCUAUUCUAUGUACUGCAAGAGGCAGUGGUCAUGUGGAAAAAACAACAUGCUCAUGUAAUCAGAGAUGGUUUCAUAACACAUAAUACAAGGGGGAUGAAUUAAGGUUGUAUGAUCAUGUGUAAAUCUGGCUUUUCUGAGUUUUCCAGUGCUCAACAUUGCAACCUUCAUGUUCUUUAAAGAUUGAAGGGGGGAUUGCAUGCAAUUUCCUAAGAUGUUUCUUAAGAGAAAACAAGAUUUUUAAAAAAGAUACUUUUAUGUACGACUGUAGCCUCCCCCAGUCAUUCAUCAUCAGCCUGAACGCAUACCACUUGAGCUGUAUAACUAAUUACAUUAACUGGCAGCAAGGGAAAGAUACUCUCCUACUGAAGGGAGAUGGGCUGCUAGGGCCGUGGACUAGGUCAAGUGAUGAAAUUAGGGGGAGCUUGGCCCAUCUCCCCAUCCCCACCCCUUGGGAGUCGAGAGAACUCCUCCCUUAUGUAGUGUCCCAGAAGCUGGAGCCAUGUUCUGGGCAGGUAUAGUCAGAAGAAGUUGUGCCUGGCUCAGUUGCAGCUACAUCUGUUCCAGACAUUCUCAGUUCAGUGCAUGUUGCUGCUGCUGCUUUAGCAGGAGCAUGGGCCUGACUUUUGAGAACAUUCACAUUCAAUGAUUAUUUUACCAAUCUGACAGUGUUUUCUUGCAGAACACAAACAACAGAAGAGAAAUGGCAAUUUUAAAUACUUUGUGUCUCAACCAAACAUGAACAAAAUUUCCUGAGCUAAAUGAAGGUCAUGUCUUUAGCCCCAGGACUUUCAGAGGACUUCUGCAAAAAAAAAAGUGAAGGUGUUACAUUUUCUCAACAACAACAAAAAGUUGCAAGCAUAUUUUAUAGGAGAAAGUGUUAAGAAAACUAAAUACAGGGGUUAUUUACUCUCUCUAUUAUUACUAGUCCCCUGAGCUAUCCACUCCCAUAGAUUUGGAUAUUUUAAAGAUUACAUUUAUGAGAAUUUGAUUAAGUGAUCACUCUAACAGCCACAGGCAGUUUUGUUCAACUUUACAAAAUGAUAAAAGGAUUUUUAUAUUUUAUCCAUGAGUUUUAUACACUUUGUAAAUAGUUUGGGUGUAAUUUUUACUCAAAGCGGCUGCAGCCCACUUACAAGUCUCUCUAACCUUUUCAACUUUACAUGUUUGUAAAGAUUUGUACUUUGUUUCACCAAUUAGCUUUAAAAAUCUCAAAGAACAACACUGUAGAUGUAUAUAUGUACCCUGAAUGAGUCCAUUAUAAGAAUCACAGUAAAUUGUAAAUAAAGGAGCAGUAGUUGGGUUUUUGGCAGCAGGGGGCUUUAUCAGUCUAAAUAUAUGCCCAAUAUUUCCUGAUUUUACAAGCUAAUACAGCUUCCUGUCUCCUGAGGGUUUGAGAGUUUGAAACUUUUUCCUGUCCCAAAUUGGGAUUAAAGAGUGUCUCUUGAAUUUUUUCAUGACCCAAUAAUCUGAAAAGUUUUUUCUGAUUGGGUUAAUUGAAAAGUUUCAUUCUAAUCAUCUUAAAACGUUUGAUUUAUAUUUUAACUUUUUUUUUGUUUAACCUUUUUAUUAUUUUGAAUUAACUACACUUUUUAAACAAAAGUUCAGUUUGAAUCAGAACAUGAAGCUUUUCAUUUUGAAAAUGUCAAAUGGGGCAGUCUGGUAAUUCUGAAACUUUAUUUAAAAAAAAA